GGCCUGUGGAGCAGACGAAUGAGUAGCUUAGCUCAAUGAGUUAAAGGAAUGUUUCGUCAAGUCAGAAAAUGAUGUCUGAUCUCCUUCAGGGCAGACUGUUGACAUCACUACAAUGAGCAUGGGAAAGAUCAGAAUGAGAUCCCGCAGCAAUGGUGUAGAAGGAUCUUCCAGUAGACAACCAGUGAAUGGCUCAUCAGAGGAGGAUCAACCUUCAAAAAAUUGCAGAAAAUCCCAGGUGUUGAAAGAAGGAGAGGAAAAAAUCUCCAGGACCAUGAAAAGCCAUCUUAAAAAUCCAGAGAGCACUGAACGCAAACCUAAACUGUUGGAGCUUUCCAAAGAUGACCUUCUUUGUCUGUUGGGUGUGAUGGAAGGAGAGCUUCAGGCUCGAGAGGAUAUCAUUCACAUGCUGAAGACAGAGAGGACCAAGCCCGAAGUAUUAGAAGCUCACUAUGGUUUUGCAACUCCAGACAAGGCACUUCGCGCCUUACAAAGGGAUGCCCUUGUCACAAAAUCCACUUCAAUUGGGAUGGAUGUAUAUGAAAAACCAAUGGCUGAGCUUGACAGACUGGAGGAGAAGCAAAAAGAGACCUACAGGCGCAUGUUGGAGCAGCUGCUGCUGGCAGAGAAAUGCCACCGUCGCACAGUGAAUGACCUUGAAUGCGAGAAACGCAAGCACGCCGACUACAUGAACAAGAGUGAUGACUUCACAAACCUCUUGGAACAAGAGAGGGAGAGAUUAAAACGACUAUUGGAGCAGGAGAAAGCCUAUCAAGCUAGAAAAGAAAAAGAGCACAGCAAGAGACUCAACAAACUGAGAGAUGAGCUUGUAAAGCUGAAGUCAUUUGCACUGAUGCUGGUGGAUGAAAGGCAGAUACAACAUUGAACAGAUUGAUCAGCAAAGUCAAAAAAACUGCAAGACUUAAAUCAAAAGCUCCAAGAAAAGGAGCAGAAGGUAAAAUCAUUUAAUAGUAAAACUAAAGAGGACACCCAGAAGAUACUGAAGCUUGAAGCUGAGCUGGAACACAAAGCACAGAAAUAUUGCAGGAGCAUGAGGAUAUUGACCACUAAGCUAGCCAAUCAGGAAGCCCAGACCCGCCAAAUGAGGCUAAAGCUUGCCAGUUUGACACGCAAGAUUGAAGAACUUGAGGAGACAAACAAGGUACUCCAAAAGGCAGAGGAAGAGUUGCAAGAGCUUCGAGACAAGAUAAGUAAAGGAGAAUGUGGGAACUCCAGUCUUAUGGCAGAGGUAGAGAAUCUUCGCAAGCGGGUAUUGGAGAUGGGCAAAGAUGAAGAGAUAACCAAAACAGAAUCACAGUGCAAAGAGCUAAGGAAGAAACUGCAAAAUGAAGAAAGCCACAGUAAAGAGCUAAAGCUUGAAGUUGAAAAGCUGCAUAAGAGAAUGGCAGAACUCGAAAAGCUGGAAAGGCAUUUAAUGUUAGUAGAGUCUGAAUGUUCCCAGCUGCAUUCUAGCUUGGAAAAAGAAAAGAACUUAACCAGAGAUCUGAUUAAUGAACUGGAAGUGGUGAAAGCACGAGUAAAAGAGCUAGAGUCUACAGAGACGAGGUUGGAAAAGACUGAAAUGAGCUUAAAAGAUGACCUAACAAAGUUGAAGUCCUUCACAGUAAUGUUAGUGGAUGAAAGAAAAAACAUGGCUGAAAAAAUUAAGCAUGAAGAGCAAAAGACAGAAGAUCUCAACCAAAUGUUCAAGAUGGAACAGAGUAAAGUCAUGGAGGUGACAGAAAAACUUAUAGAAGAGAGUAAGAGGCUGCUGAAAUUAAAGUCAGAGAUGGAAGCAAAAAUGUCUACACUGACAAAAGAGAAAGAUGAGCUCAGGAUGAGAUUAAGGCAAGAAGACGAAACGUCAAAGGACCUAAACUCAAAACUUGUGCUUACGCAGAAAAGACUUGAACUUUUAAAGAAUCUGAAAAGAGAGUCAUCCAGAAACAGGGCUAAGAAAGAGCUGGAAGUGUCUGGACUAGAAGAUAACAAGGUGAACGAAUUAACACUUGAAAUUGAUAGACUGAAAAAUCGCCUCAAGCAGCUAGAGGUUGUUGAAGGUGAUCUGAUGAAAACAGAGGAUGAAUAUGAUUUGCUGGAGAAAAAAUAUAGGAGCGAGCAAGAUAAAGCCAAUCUCUUGUCUCAGCAACUAGAAGAGAUGAAAACCCAGAUUGCACGUAACAAGGCAAUAGAAAAAGGAGAGGUGGUGAGCCAAGAGACUGAAUUACUGCAACGGUACAAAAUGGAGGAAGCAAAAACCAGAGAUCUGAAGGCCGAUGUUCAGGCAUUGAAGGAAAAGAUUCAUGAACUCAUGAAUAAGGAAGAUCAGCUGUCACAGUUGCAAGUAGACUAUUCUGUCCUUCAGCAGCGGUUUAUAGAAGAAGAAAACAAAAAUAAAACUAUGAGUCUGGAGGUUCUAAAUUUGUCCAAAGAGUUAGAGAUUACCAAACGCUAUAGUCGAGCACUGAGACCAAGCAUGAAUGGCCGAAGAAUGUUGGAAGUUCCAGUUACCUCAACAGGGGUACAAACUGAAACAGUCCUCAAUGAAACUGCUGAUGAUGACACACCUGCUGUGUUUAUCAGGAAAUCUGUUCAGGAAGAGAAUCACAUAAUGAAUAACCUGCGUCAAAGAGGACUCAAAAAGCCUAUGGAAAGGCCAGCUGUUCUCGACCGGUACCCUCCUGCUGCAAGUGAGCUCAGCAUGAGAAAAUCAUGGAUUCCUUGGAUGAAGAAGAAGGAAUCCUUUCUUUCAUGUGGUGCAGAAAAAUCAAUUCAAACCAAUGGGACUUCAGCCAGACCUGAAGUUGUGGUUUCGCAAAAACAGGGACAGCCAUUACAUAUCCGAGUCACUCCUGAUCAUGGAAACAGCACUGCCACUCUUGAGAUAACUAGUCCGACAUCAGAGGAUUUCUUCUCAAGCACUACUGUCAUCCCAACCUUAGGGCUUCAGAAGCCACGCAUCACAAUCAUUCCUACGCCCACUGUUACUUCUCCAAAAAGCAAGGUAGGAGAGAGCCCCAGCUCGGCUGAGCGUGCUAUGUCUCCUGUUACUAUUACUGCUAUUUCUAGGGCUAAGUCUCCAGAAAGAGGAAGGACAUCUUUUGCGGAUCGACCUUUAUCUCCAAUCCAAAUAAUGACAGUCAGCACGUCAGCAGCUCCUGAUAUAUCAGUAUCACCUGAACCUCAGGAAAUGACUAUGGGAAGAGCUGUUUUUAAAGUUACUCCAGAGAAACAGACAGUUCCAACACCUAUCAGAAAAUACAACUCAAAUGCAAACAUUAUUACCACAGAGGACAACAAAAUUCACAUUCAUCUGGGGCCCCAGUUCAAGAGGUCUUCCAUGUCAUCACCAGAAGGUAUUAACUCGACAAUCACCGUGAGACCACUGACCUUAGCAACAGAAAACAAGGAAGUGACGACAGGCACUGUCCUACGCUCACCUCAUCAUUCUAGUACUUCUAAAACGACACCUAAUAAAGUAAUGAGUAGCAUCACUAUCACACCAAUCACUACAGCCUCUACAAGAACUACACAGUCAGUGCCAGGGCAGGAUGGGCCAUCGGCUCGCCCCGCACCCACACGCAUCCCUAUGUCAAAAGGUAUGAAAGCAGGGAAACCAGUGAUGGGAGCAGCAAAUGUGACAAAAUUAGAGUCCCGUGCUGAGAGCCAGUCAAUGAAAAUUGAACUGAAGAAGUCUCCAGUCAGCAGCUCUACGCCUCUAGCUGGAGGAAAGGGCUGAGGGCAGGAGCCUGUUGAGGGAGUGUGUCAUCAUACGUCAAAUGAGAACAUCUUCGAGAUGAAACAACUGAAAGAGUCCUGUUGUUUUUCCAGAGACGGAGGUCUUCUUACAGACACAGGCGACCUGUCCCACAGUAUCUACUACUGAAUGUCAUGCUACUGACUUUAGUAACCCCAAUCCGGUUUGUUCUGUUCUGUGUGCUUUAGGGGAUCCCGUCCAUGGCAACAAAAAAAAAAAUCGAGAAAUGGGGGUUUCUUUUUUAAGCCUCAUACUGAGAUACUGUUACUGACUUUAACAGUCAAAAGGUCAUGUGGAUGGGGGUACAUGGUAAAGUCAUUUUUGAGAACAGAUCACCUGCCUUUUUUCUUCAGGAAUGUGUUAAGGCAGCUUUACUGGUUCAAUAUUAAUUUUUCAGUAAAUCUCUUUUUGAAGAGUUUUAGUGUAAAAUCAUGCAUUAAAAAAUAUUUUCACUCCUGCAUAGAAAACUUACCAGUGUUAAAUAAACACAGAGUAUAUAUACAUAUGGACAUACUCGUUCCAUAUAUUCACUUUUAAAAGUUAACAAUAUAAUAAUAUAAGAGUUCAUUUAACACUGGUGAUUUUGCUGUGUGAAUUUUUCAUGUCACCUUGAGCCUUUUUGAGUAAAAUAUGCAUAUAAAAGGCAAAGGCAGAAUAAUUUGUAUUAAAAACAAGAAUUUGGACUACCGUGACAUUUUGAUUACACACAGGGUUUUUAUUAUGUGGCUCACAGUGUCUGUUAUUCAAUAAAUCAUUAAAAGUGCCUUUUACAGAGCCCAGUGUAUACUGAAUGGCCUUUGAAAUAUUCUGCCAUCAUCUCUGUUUGUUUUCUGCCAUUCCAAGUACCUCUUAUUUGUCACAUUACACUCAGGAUAAGUCGCUUCUUCUUUAUGUCUCUAAACAGCUAUUAGAAAAGAAAGCAUGGAUGAAAGUUCUUUGAUAUUUUUGGGCUGCACCUGUAUCACUUUUUAGAAAUUUGUACACUU